AUGGCGCUCCGUCUCUCUGCUCCGUUCCUCACCUCGCGCUUUACGCCGUCGCAGGCGUCGGCCCCGCGCAGGCGCACCCGGGCCCGCUCUUUCUCUCCGUCCGCCGAUGCGCGGGCAGCGUGCUUCAGGAGACCCUACACGUCCGUUCUAAUUGUCCCCACGGGCGUCGGCGCGGCCGUCGGGGGCUUCGCCGGCGACGCCCUUCCGGUUGCGCGAGCCGUCGCCGGCGUCGCUGACUGUCUCAUAUCCCACCCAAACGUGCUGAACGCGGCGAUGCUGUACUGGCCGAUGCACAAUACACUCUACGUGGAAGGGUACGCCCUUGACAGGUUCGCAGAAGGAUCCUGGGCACUCCAACCUGUUCACCAGAACAAGGUAGGCUUGGUGUUGGAUUCUGGAAUCGAGGAAGACCUCCGGCUGCGCCACUUGCAGGUUGCAGAUGCCACGAGGGCUUCUCUUGGCUUGCCUGUAGUGGAGUACAUUGUCACAGAUGCUCCUCUGGAGAUCAAGACAUGGUUUGAUCCCAGGUGUGGGAAGUCGACGGGGAGUGUUGGUAACUCUGAUUCUCUUCUGAGAGCAGUGGACGCACUAGUGACACAUUCAGACGGUGUUGAUCUAUUGGCAGGAGUUGAAGCAAUUAUCAGUCAUCUAAUUGUGAAAGAAUUCAAAAUCCCUUCUGCACAUGCUCCUGCAGUGUUACCCCCACCACUCAGCCCAUUAGUAUGCCCUAGAUCUGCUUCUGAAGAGAUUGGAUAUACAUUUCUGCCUUGUGUGCUUGCUGGGUUAAGCAAUGCUCCACAGUAUGUCAUGAGGAAAGGAAGCUUAGACAAUGGUUGCAUAGUUGCUGGUGAUGUUGACAGUGUUAUUCUUCCCAAAGACUCUUGUGGAGGAGAUGGUACACUUGCUUUUGCUCGGGCUGCAAGAAAGGACAAGCCCUUAAUCAUUACUGUACAGGAAAAUGAGACAGUGCUUGAUGAUACUCCAGACAAGUUCGGCAUAGAAGCGCUGAAUGUCCGGAACUACUGGGAAGCAAUUGGAGUCAUUGCUGCUCACAAGGCAGGUGUCAAUCCAAAUGCUCUUAGAAGACAAGGGAUUGAUCAUCUUAAGAGUUCAAGACGAUUAUAUUCUGCUCACUCUUCAAGUCCUAAGCCAUCUGCCCGUCCUCCAGCACGAUAA